AUGUCCAACAGCGGGACUUCAACGAGGAUGCCGGCGGUACCAGUGAAGGUGCGGUAUGGAGAUGGUCCUAUCGUGGAGACGUACGCUUUUAUCGACAGUGGAAGUAGCCUGACGUUCCUGAGCAAGGAGCUUUUGAGCCAGUUGGGCAUCACAACAGCAAAGAAGUAUCAGCUUACUCUAACCACGAUGGCACAACAACCAGUCGAGCUUCAUACUUCAGCCGUCGACAACCUCCAAAUGUGUGACAUGGACGAAAACGAGCAAAUGCAGCUUCCGGAAGUGUUCGUCAUCGACAAGAUCCCAGUCAGCAGGACGGAGCUUUGUAAGGCCGAGGACGUGGAACCCUGGCCUCACGUAAGGGACGUGCUUCCAGAGGAGAUCGAAGCAGAAGUAGGCCUUCUGAUCGGCGUGAACGUACCAGAGGCCUUUGAACCCCUCGACUUCGUUCCCAGCUGUGACGGUGGGCCCUUCGCUGUCAAAACUCGCCUCGGCUGGGUCGUGAACGGCCCCGUCCGGUCCAGAAAACUGACUGAAGUAAGGGCAACGUCAAACAGGAUCAGGCUGCUGGAGAGGCAACUCUGCCAGGACGAGGGUCUAGCAGCUGAUGAACGUGGAUGGUCGGUCGAAGACCAUAUGUGGAUGGAAAAAGUGGAAGCUGGUUGCAUCAUGAAGGACGGACACUACGAGGUUCCCAUCCCACUGAAGAAGGAGGGAACCAUGCUACCAGACAACCGAGAGAUCUGCACGAGACGGCUACAAGGACUGAAAAGGAAGUUCCGAGACCAGAGGUUUGCCGACCGAUACAGCGAGGUGAUGAAGGACAUGUCGAAGAACGGAUUCGUGGAGAGAGUGAGGGCAGAAGACCUGACAAGAGACGAUGGACUUGUCAACUACAUUCCCCACCACGGUGUCUUCGGGAAGAAAGACAAACUCCGAGUUGUUUUUGAUUGUUCGAGCACCUUCAAGGGCGUCUCCUUGAAUGACGCAGUCCUGCAGGGCCCGUCUCUCUGCACUCCCCUGAUUGACGUUCUACUGCGGUUCCGCCAGGAAGAAGUAGCUUUCAUGGGCGAUGUCAACUCAAUGUUCCAUCAGGUGUCUGUACCAGCCGACCAGCGCGACCUGCUCCGCUUUCUGUGGUGGCGAAACGGUGACCCUGCAGAAGACGUGGAAGUCUGGCGCAUGACGGUGCAUCCGUUCGGGCUGAGAUCCAGCCCUAGCUGUGCGAGCUACGCCCUUCUACGGACAGCCGUCGACUUUGGCGACCUACACUCUGCUGCAGCCUGUGAGACGAUCGCAAGCAACAUCUACGUUGAUGACCUGGUGAAGUCGGUGACGAAGAUCGACGAAGCCAUCGACCUGGUCAGGGAGGUACGAGAGUUGUGCAGCCGGGGUGGAUUCCACCUAGCCAAAUUUGUCAGUAACCAGAGGAAAGUCCUACAAUCGAUCCCACCAGAAGACAGAGGGAAGAACGUGAAGCAACUGAACCUCGAGAAAGAACUUCCGUUGGAGAAGACACUGGGGGUUGAGUGGCGAGUCAACCCGGACGUCAUCGGCUUCUCAACCACGGAAGAUCGGAGUAUGCCAUGCUCGAGGAGGGGAAUGCUGUCGAUCAUCGGAUCAUUGUACGAUCCGAUGGGGAUGGCUGCACCAUUCGUCGUGUGCGGUCGUAUCAUUCUACAGGAACUAACACGACGACGCUACGAUUGGGACGACCCGGCACCGGAGGACAUUCAAGCUCAGUGGGAGCAAUGGAUCCGCGGCAGAGCACUACUUUCGACCAUCGGCGUCCCUAGAUGUGUACAGCCAGCUGGCCUUGGACCUAUUCAGACCCGAGAGCUCCAUCACUUCGCAGAUGCAAGCUCUGUCGCGUACGGCACAGUGUCCUACCUUCGAAUCGUCUGUUGUGACGGACAAGUUCACUGUGCGUUCGUCUUCGGCAAGGCGAGGGUUCUGCCCCUGAAUGGAAAGCUCACCGUCCCACGAGCGGAGCUGACAGCAGCCACUCUGGCUGCUCGCAUUGAAGCCACACUGCGACGCGCUCUGCAAGUCAAGAUUGAUGAAAGUGUGUUCUGGACGGACAGCACAACAGUGCUUCGCUACCUCCAGAACGAAACGACACGUUUUCACACGUUCGUCACCAACCGUCUGGCCGUGAUACGGGACGUAUCUUCUCCGGCACAAUGGAGGUACGUUGACUCAGCGAACAACCCGGCAGACGAUGCAUCGAGGGGACAAUUAGCGGACAACUUCAUCGCGAACCCGCGGUGGUUCGAUGCUCCGGCCUUUUUGUGGAAGGGACGGGAUGAGUGGCCUGAGCCCCCGGCUGGACUCGAUCGUCGAGUAGAAAACGACCCAGAGGUGAAGAUCACCAGCGUUGCAGUCGCGCACGCUGGCUGCGACCCGUUGGAGGAGCUGUUUUCUCACUACUCUGUCUGGUACAGACUCGUGCGCGCUGUAGCAUGGAUCCUUCGCCUGAAGCGCUGCCUGGUAGAACGAUGCCGUAAGGUGUCCGUACUCGGAUCCGAGCCGAAGGCUCAGGUGAGACAGCGGCUUGCUGUACCAGAACUUGAAGCAGCUGAGAGGGCAAUAGUCACAAGGAUUCAAAGAAGUGAGUUUGCCGCUGAUUUCGCCUCGCUGGAAGGGAAGGGCGCCGUCGGAAUCACCAGUCCUCUCGCACGACUGGACCCGUAUCUGCACGACGGGAUGAUCAUGGGCCCGUUCAUGAACCAGAAGAUGGCGAACCUGCCUGAGGACAGGGUGACCCCGGAUGAGCCACCAUUCACAAACACCGGGCUGGAUAUGUUUGGCGUCUUCUACGUCAAGAAGGGACGACGACAGGAGAAAAGUCGAGUCCAUUAUAAAUAG